AUGUCUUGCAAGCCUCCAUCCGUCCCUCCAUCCUCGGAGAAGAGUUCCGAAAGCACGACAUCGGCGUCCACAAAUUCCGAGAAAUCUACUGCAAGUGUUCACGACACCGAUUACCGCCAGUCAUUAUCGUUCCGCGACAUCUUCAUUGAGCGUGAGAAUGCACCCCAGGGCUUGACACGGCGAGCAUGGAACAUAAUGACACGCGCUCGACAAGAUCCUGACCUAAACGAUGCUACUGUCCAAAAGGUGAUAGACAUGUCCCGUGGACUUCAGGAUGCAGCUGAGGCCAUCAUCAUGCACCAGCUUGCGCCGAUCAUCAUUCCCGCUAUGUUCAGAAUCCCCGACAAGAGGCUAGCAAUGAAUUGUGGUCAACAGUGGUUAAAUUCUGUCCCUGUUCCGCUCAGAUCGUCUGUCCUCCACGACCCGCUCCCCUUACCUCAACCAAAACCAGACCUAGUUUUCGGAUAUUCUGAGGCAGCCUUCACCCGCAACCAACUCGAUACAAUUGGCCUUCUCACCGACGACCAAUCCGGUGGAAACUAUGCAGCUCCAGAUCAGAAGGUUCGGUUUCCUUUUCUGCAGGUAGAGUUCAAGUCCCAGGCUUACAAUGGAACCCACUACGUCGCAAAGAACCACGCCGCUGGUGCUGGAGCUAUCGCUCUGAAUGGUCAGAUGGAUUUGAUACACCGCCGUUGCGCAUCGAAAACUUGGGACUGCGAUAUGCCACGAUACUUCUCGAUCAGCAUGGACCAUCGAACCGCCGCGAUAAACGUACAUUGGCUCAAAGCUCAGGCUGGAGGUGGCCAAUAUAGCUUUCAUACCGAAGAAUUAUCCAUUUAUUCUCUGCGGGACCCAGUCAGAAUCCGAUCUCUUUUCCGAGUGAUCAAGAACAUCCUUGACUACGGUGCCCAGAAACGGUUGCCAUCACUGUGCUCCUUACUGGACGAAUACCGGCAGAAGGUGAUCCGUGGCAGAGCAGCAGCAAAUGCUCAGAAAACCCAACCCGGAAAGUGA